CUGGAUGGCGGCACCUCUCCGGGCCAGCCCCCUUCUCUCCGCGGCUCCUCCGCAGACACCGGGCGGGGCAGAACGAGGGGCGGAGACCUGGCCGGCGCGCGUCUGAUUAUCUCGACCCCGGUGCGGCUGGAGCGCCUCAGUCACUGUCUCCCCGCCCCACGGUUCCGAGUAAGGACCGUGAGUCGCCUCCACUCCGGGGGCUGGAGCGCGGGCUCCCCGCAGGGAAAGGUGCGCAGCGUUCCCGACCCCAAAACGAGCGGCGCUUGGGAGCGUGCGUGCCUCCCCGAGAGCCCCGGGCGCCACCCGCGGGCUGGAAGAGGUGGGCGCUGGGCGUGGGGCCGGCGGGGCAGAGGAGCCGCGGCCACCUGCCGCCUCCCCUACACCUGGCGGAGCAUCCCUCACCCUACAGUCCCUGGAGGUGGCGCCGGAAACCUGGCGGCCGGGACCGCGAUUCUGGAAGCCCCGGCGCUCGCCCGACCGGAGGAGCCGGGGCGCGGUUCCGGCGAGACUGGCGACUUGCUUCCUUUUGCAGAGCGGCCGCUCCCCUCUCGGUCCAGCUGCGACGCUGGGAAAGCGCCAGACUUGGUCUGUCACGGGAGCCCCCGCGGGGCGUGGCGAGGGAGAGCUGGCCUAGGCUGCGAGGGACUCUCGUUUCUUGCCUGGAGAGCCAGGAAGAGGGCGAGGGCAGAGCAUCCUUGGGCGAAGAUGCCUUUAAAAAAUCAUCCACCACAGCGGUAGAAACAGUUUUGUUUGGCUUUAUUUAUUCGGAAUGGUUUUUCAGUGACAUGCUGUCUUGCUUAAAAGAAGAGAUGCCUCCCCAGGAGCUCACCCGGCGACUGGCCACCGUGAUCACUCAUGUCGAUGAAAUUAUGCAGCAGGAAGUCAGGCCCUUGAUGGCGGUGGAGAUAAUAGAACAACUUCACAGACAAUUUGCCAUUCUUUCAGGAGGCCGAGGGGAGGAUGGCGCCCCCAUCAUCACGUUCCCAGAGUUUUCGGGGUUCAAACACAUCCCAGAUGAAGACUUCCUGAAUGUCAUGACCUACCUGACUAGCAUCCCCAGUGUGGAGGCUGCCAGCAUUGGAUUCGUUGUUGUUAUCGACAGACGAAGAGACAAGUGGAGCUCCGUAAAGGCGUCCUUGACACGAAUAGCUGUGGCAUUUCCAGGAAACUUACAGCUCAUAUUCAUCCUUCGCCCAUGUCGCUUUAUCCAGAGGACAUUCACUGACAUUGGCAUUAAAUACUAUCGAAAUGAAUUUAAAACGAAAGUGCCGAUCAUCAUGGUAAACUCUGUCUCUGACCUUCAUGGCUACAUCGACAAAAGCCAACUGACCCGGGAAUUAGGGGGGACUUUGGAAUAUCGCCACGGUCAGUGGGUAAAUCACCGCACUGCCAUCGAAAACUUUGCCUUGACCUUGAAGACCACUGCCCAGAUGCUGCAGACGUUUGGGGCCUGCCUGGCCACAACAGAGCUGCCCAGAAGCAUGCUAUCCACAGAAGACCUUCUCAUGUCCCACACAAGGCAGCGGGACAAGCUGCAGGAUGAGCUGAAAUUACUUGGAAAGCAGGGGACCACAUUACUGUCAUGCAUCCAAGAACCAGCAACCAAAUAUCCCAACAGCAAACUCAAUCUCAAUCAACUUGAGAAUGUAACUACCAUGGAAAGGUUGUUAGUUCAACUGGAUGAAACAGAAAAAGCCUUUAGUCAGUUUUGGUCUGAGCAUCAUCUGAAGCUUAAUCAGUGCCUACAACUACAGCAUUUUGAGCACGAUUUUUGUAAGGCUAAGCUUGCCCUGGAUAAUUUGCUGGAAGAGCAAGCAGAGUUUACAGGCAUUGGAGACAGCGUGAUGCAUGUGGAGCAACUUCUUAAGGAACACAAAAAACUGGAGGAAAAAAGCCAGGAGCCCCUGGAAAAGGCCCAGCUGCUGGCACUGAUUGGGGACCAGCUCAUCCAAAGCCACCAUUAUGCAGCAGAUGCCAUCAGGCCCCGGUGUGUGGACCUCAGGCACCUCUGUGACGAUUUCAUCAAUGGAAACAAGAAAAAAUGGGACAUUUUAGGAAAGUCCUUAGAGUUUCAUAGACAGCUGGACAAGGUCAGCCAAUGGUGUGAGGCAGGAAUCUACCUCUUGGCUUCCCAAGCUGUAGACAAGUGCCAGUCUCGAGAAGGGGUUGACAUCGCCUUGAACGACAUUGCGACUUUCCUGGGCACAGUCAAGGAGUACCCGUUGCUCAGCCCCGAGGAGUUUUACAACGAGUUUGAGUUGCUGCUCACCCUCGAUGUAAAGGCCAAAGCCCAGAAAGUUUUGCAGAGGCUGGAUGAUGUCCAGGAAAUAUUUCACAAGAGGCAAGUGAGUCUGAUGAAACUGGCAGCCAAACAGACUCGUCCAGUGCAACCUGUGGCCCCACAUCCUGAGUCUUCACCAAAAUGGGUUUCAUCGAAAACCAGCCAGCCCUCCACCUCAGUCCCUCUAGCUCCUCCUCUGAGACCGUCUGAGGAACAUUAUACGGAGACAGAGUUGAACUCCCGGGGAAAGGAAGAUGAUGAGACUAAAUUUGAAGUCAAGAAUGAAGAAAUCUUUGAAAGCUGUCAUGAAAGGGGGAACCCUGAGCUGGAGCAGCAGGCCAGGCUCGGAGACCUUUCCCCCCGCAGGCGCGUUAUACGUGACUUGCUUGAGACUGAAGAGAUUUAUAUAAAAGAGAUUAAAAGCAUAAUUGAUGGAUAUAUCACUCCAAUGGAUUUUAUUUGGCUAAAGCAUCUAAUUCCAGAUGUUCUUCAGAAUAACAAGGACUUUCUCUUUGGGAAUAUUAGAGAACUGUAUGAAUUUCACAACAGGACUUUUCUAAAAGAGUUGGAAAAGUGUGCUGAGAACCCUGAACUUCUGGCACAUUGCUUUCUCAAGAGAAAAGAAGAUCUUCAGAUAUAUUUUAAAUACCAUAAGAAUCUGCCCCGAGCUAAGGCAAUCUGGCAAGAGUGUCAAGACUGCGCCUACUUUGGGGUAUGCCAGCGCCAACUGGAUCACAAUCUCCCUCUUUUUAAGUAUCUUAAAGGACCAAGCCAGAGACUUAUAAAAUACCAGAUGCUGUUGAAGGGUCUGCUGGAUUUCAAGUCUCCUGAAGAUAUGGAGAUAGACCCAGCUGAACUAGGAGGCUCGGCUAAGGACAGGCCAAAGAGAACCAAGGAUUCAGCAUUCUCAGCUGAACUACAACAAGCUUUGGCAGUGAUAGAGGAUUUGAUCAAGUCCUGUGAGUUGGCUGUGGACCUAGCAGCAGUGACUGAAUGUCCGGACGAUAUUGGAAAACUAGGCAAGCUGUUGCUGCACGGCCCUUUCAGCGUCUGGACAAUUCACAAGGAUCGUUAUAAAAUGAAGGAUUUGAUUCGAUUUAAACCCAGCCAGAGGCAAAUCUACCUAUUUGAAAGGGGAAUAGUGUUCUGUAAGAUACGAAUGGAGCCUGGGGACCAGGGAUUGUCUCCUCAUUACAGCUUCAAGAAGGCCAUGAAGUUGAUGACACUUUCAAUUCGCCAGCUUGGAAGGGGGAGCCAUAGAAAGUUUGAGAUUGCCAAUCGAAAUGGACUUGAGAAAUACAUCCUGCAGGCAGCUUCAAAAGAAAUCAGAGACUGUUGGUUUUCAGAAAUAAGUAAAUUAUUGAUGGAACAACAAAAUAAUAUUAAAGACCAAGGAAAUCCACAGUUUGAAAUGAGCACGAGCAAAGGCAAUGGAGCAGGAUGCGGACCAUGGAUUGAAAAUAUGGAAAGAGCUACCACUAGCAAGGAAGACCCAGCCUCCAGCACAGGAGGGAUUAAAGGCUGCUCCAGCAGGGAGUUUAGCUCCAUGGACACCUUUGAAGACUGUGAAGGUGCAGAAGACAUGGAAAAGGAGAGCAGCGCUCUGAGUCUCGCGGGCCUUUUCCAGUCGGACGACAGUCACGAAACCUGUUCCUCCAAAUCUGCUUUCCUGGAGAGGGGAGAAAGCAGCCAAGGAGAAAAGGAAGAACGCGAUGAGGAGGAAACGGCGACCCGCAGCACCGAGGAGGAGCGCGCUGGGGCGUCCACGGGCCGGCUGGCUCCUGCGGGGGCGACGGCUGGUUUCCAGGCCAGGGCGCUGCGCCCAAGGACCUCCGCCCAGGAGAGCUGACUUCCUUGCGGACGCCCCCGCUCCUCAGCUCCAGAGCGCCCGCAUUCCGGGGAGAGGCGGUGUGGGGGCCCGGGCCCUGCCCAGCUACGCAGAAAGCAACCGGAGCCUCGGCGGCGGCAGAAAGGGGACGCCCAGGGCCUCCUUCCAGGAGCCCGAGGGGUGCCCUGGGUGCGCGCCUAGCUCCGCACGGGGGACCUCGGAGCUGCUCUAAGGCGCCUGCAGAGGCUGGCAGAGCCCGCAGCCCACGGCUUCUCAACCGCGCACUUUGACGUUCGGAGCCGGGCAAUUCUUUGCUGUGUGGGCUUCUCUGUGCUCCCACGGUAGGAUGUUUAGCAGCAUCCCUGGCCUCUACCCACUAGGUGCCAGGAAUGCGCCACCCCAUCCUCCACCCCACCCCCAAAUUGUGACAAUCAAAAAUGCCUGCAGACACGCCCACAUUUCUCCAGGGCGGGGUGGGAAUCGGUUGAGAACCGCUUAGCCCGAGCCUUGGAGGAGCCGGAGCCGCUCAAACCCGGUGGGCGCCGCAGACUGGGAACUCCCGGUCCGCCUCCCAGAAUCCCUGCGAGCGUUCAUGGGUGUUCCUGUUAGUGCUAAGAUUGCUUCGUUGCAGAGAGAGUUCGUUCCAAGUUACUUUCUGAGGUAUUUUAUGUAUCGAUUUAUUAGUUUUUACAUGAGUUUUGUUAUUUUCAGUUGUAUUUUAUUUUUAGUUUUAUUAGUUGAUUUUCAUUUCUUUGUAGCUUUCUAGUUAUUUAUAGUUUCAGUUACUGGUUUAUAGUUACUUUAUUUUCAAAGUUAUUUAGUUGUUGAGUUGUUCAUUUUCAGUUAUUUAUAUGUAGUUAUUUUGUUUUAGGAGUUAUAGAUGUUCAAAUUAAUUUGCUUGGAAUUUAUUUAUUUAUUAUUUGUUUGUUUGUUUGUUUGUUUGUUUAUUUUUGAGACGGAGUCUUGCUCUGUCGCCCAGGCUGGAAUGCAGUGGCGCGAUCUCGGCUCACUGCAAACUCUGCCUCCCGGGUUCACGCCAUUCUCCUGCCUCAGCCUCCCGAGUAGCUGGGACUACAGGCGCCCGCUACCGUGCCCGGCUAAAUUUUUUUGUAUUUUUAGUAGAGACGGGGUUUCACCGUGUUAGCCAGGAUGGUCUCGAUCUCGUGACCUCAUUAUCCGCCCGCCUCGGCCUCCCAAAAUGCUGGGAUUACAGGCGUGAGCCACCGCGCCCGGCCGGAAUUUAUUUUUAAUUAUCUUUACAAUUAUUAUUGGAGUUAUUUACCUUCAUAGUUAUUUCACUUUAUAUUAUUGGAGUUUUUGAGUUAUUUAUUUUUACGGUAACUUAUUUGACUAUUAAAAACUCACUGGAAGUUGAUGAACUACUGUCAAGUUAUUUAUUUUCAGAGUGAAAUGUUUUCAUGAAUGGUUUCCCCUAGUUAUCUGGUUUUCGAGUUGCUUAUGUUCACAGGUAUUUAUUUUCAGUUAUUUUAUAUUUGAGUUGUUUAUUUUUAUUUUUUUCUAGUUAUUUGGUUUUUAGUUAUUUCAUUUUAAGCACUACUUCAUAUUUGAACAUUAUAUUUU